AUGAAGCCCAAACGGCCCAAACACUCAUCCCUGAUAUUAGUGGUGAGCAAAGAAGCAAACACUAGCCAAAACCCACAACUCAUCAAAGAAGUCAAGCAGGCCGUCACCAUUCCCGUCAUGGCCAAGGCCCGAAUUGGCCACUUCAGCACCACAUCAACAAGCACAAUUUCUGGGUGCCGGAAUCUUGGCGAGGCGCUCCGCCGAGUCCGAGAAGGAGCGGCUAUGAUUCAGACCAAGGGCGACGCCGGCACGAGGAACAUCAUCGAAGCGGUGAGGCAUGUGUGGUCCGUGAUGGGGGACAUUAGGGUUUUGCAAAACAUGGACGACGACGAGGUGUUUACUUUCGCGAAGAAGAUCGCCGUGCCGUACGAUCUGGUGACUAAGUAG